UGACAAUAAAUCUCGACGUUUUAUGCAAUUUAAAGACAUUUCACAUCAAAUUUUUUUUUGAAAACCCAGAUUUCCUUUACUCUCCCCUUUGGUGAUUUUUCGAUUUUCAAAAAACUUAAACGUUAGCCGCUUUGCGCCACUCUACCUUAAGUCCGAUUGAGCUGGAAUUUUGCAUAGGGUGUUCUCGUUCUUCGAAGAAUAUGCUAGCUCAUGAAAGAAUAUGGUCAUGAAAUUAUUUAUUCAAACAUAAGAUGACUAUCAAUACGGUGUCAAUAGUCAAUAGUUAUACUACCAUCAAGCAGGUGACCACUUUACCCCACGUGACCACAUUUCCCCCACUACCCCUAUAUAGAUGUGAUUUCAAAACAACAUUUAUUUCCUGUCAACAUGGAACUACCUUUUACCGCCACCACCAUCACAAUGGACAAGCGUGGACAAUUCUGUAACCCCUACCCCCUUAAACUUGUCCACGUGGUAUGUUGACAGCCCCUUAUAAACUUCACAAACAUACGAAGAUAAUUGCACCCAAAAUCUCAUUUAUUAGCGCCAUUAAAAUCAUUGCGCUCAAAUUAGAAUACGUACAGCAUGUCGUUCGACAGGUGAAACACACAGCAACAAUUCGUGCUACGACUCUGUGCUGCGAAACAAACAACUUUGAUCUUAUUGCAACAUUUGAUGGUUUCCGCAUGUAAACAUUCUCUCUCUGUAUCACGAUACAUGCAGCAUUGCAGUGCAUGCAGUGUAUUACAGCCUUUAUUGCGUGAGAUACAGUUUAUCAAUAAUCGAAUAAUAUAUAUUAGGGGAAUGAAUAAAACAAUGAAAAAUUUGUGAUGACAAAUACAAGUCUCGGAAUGAAACUAACAGCCACACGAUGUGACAAAUUUCCGCGACACCAAUGCUUCAGCAAAUUAUUCUGUUUCUCACGCGCUCCAUACAAGGAAAACGCUCUCUCACCAACUGUCAGAUGAUCUGCUCUCGGUGCAGAGAAAAGGAACGAAGCUAAAGAAAGCAGUCGCCAGAUAGACGUCCUUGUGGUAGAAAGUCGGUUGUAAAUUGCGCGAUAUGCAAAGUCUGCAUUAUUUUUAAAGAAAUUGUGUCCUGAAAAACAGCGGUGGCAAGUGAAUACCGAAAGCCGCAACACAACCGAAGCUAGGAUGGAUAAAUUCCUGCGAUUUUUCAUUAAAUUUCACAGUUACUGUAUUGCGAUAGUGAGCAGUAUUUUGACUGUUUUGUUUACAUGGAUUUUCUCCUCGCGAGUGCAUCACGACUCAGUAACAGAAUUAUACAACCUCCGUUACACCGGCAUACCGUCUCUUGUUUUCGGUAUAGCUUGGAUGACAGCUAAUGCUUUGCUGAUAGUCGGGAUAUAUCAGGAAAAGAAAAGCUUUCUGUAUCCGUUCUCAGUGCUGUUUCUGCUAGAUUUGUUUCUAGUGAUUUUACGUGAUGCUUAUCUGUUAAUAUUUGACUACACCUGGUUCUAUAUGGUGUUUUUGAAUGUGAGUUUACCGUUCAUGAUAUUCAUUGUGCCGUACGUGAUAUUGAGCAUGCUAGCACUGAUGAGACUUUUCGACUUGGAUCCAGUCGUUCGAACGGACGACAGCUUUGUGAGAUUCGAUCGAAAUCCAGCCUAUGAAGAGACCCAAGAUGAAGUCGGACCAGUUGGGAAUGUCUAAACAAUCAUGUCAUCCUCUCACACACUGUACAAACCGGCAGCUAUCCUCGAUAAUAUGCUAGUCUUCUUACAUAGAUUAUGUAGCAUUCAUAUAACGAGAUAAAAUAUGCUGAAACUAAUUCUAGAUUAUAAAAGCGUAAGUUGAUCACGAAAGUUUACGUAUACCAGGUGAAAACAUACUUAAAACUUGCUCAAAUGUGUGUACUAUUAUGUAAAUAAUGAUGUUAUUUGAAAAAAAGCGUCAAUAUUCAAUUAAUUAUUGCAGAUAUUAUUGUUUUCAGAGAUGACCGCUUCCAGCUUUUGUUUUACAGUAGUCUGGCGUUGAGAAAUAUAAUUUUUCAAAAUCAGGGAGCUUGAAAAUAAAAAUAAGGAUGAAACUAACGUUUGCAUUAAAAAAAUGGACAAAAAUUGACAAAAAUUUCAUGGAUUUACCUUCACAGGCACUGACGAAACUACCCAUGCAGCAUCAAUCAUAGUAAUCCAUGAGUCAGCAGAAAAAAAUUGACAGCUCUAACCGUGAUGUCGAAAACAGUGGAGCUACUCCAUUCAGAAGAAUGCGCGUUCAAAGAACGGUACCCCGCCGCGUCGAAAACGGACAUCGUGCGGCACUUUGUGGACGCCGGAUGCGCCCUUCCGGCAUCUACAAUAUCUUAACCCUAUUCGACAACAAUCAGAUCAUCGAAAGAAAGCCCGGUUCCAGACGGUCGACAACCCUGAGCUCCAAAUAGCCAAAUAGCUCCAAAGGAUGCUGAGAAGGAAGAUCGAAGGAAAAGUGGCUACAUCGCUGCGUGCGCUUGGUCGGGAGGUCGGUGCAACCGGCCAAAGAGUGAAAAAGUACCUGGCGAACAUGGACAUCCCUGUCAGAAAGCGGAAGUCCCGUCCAAUGGUAUUAGAGCUGCAGGCAAAGACGCAGCGACAGCGGCGUGGCGGUGGUGAUGGACGACGAGACCUAUCUCACCCUGGAUGGCAACGACUGGUAGGCCCCUUCGUAUUUUACUUUCCCCAUGAAGUGAAGUUUAUUUCACACACCAAGUUCCCCUAGAAGGUGCUGCUAUGGCUGACAAUCAGCGAGAAGGGGAUGUCAAAGCGGCUCUUCUUUAAAUUCGGUCAUGCCUACACGCAUGUUUUCGUCCGUCAUGCCGAAUGUUCAAAUUAAUCGCCGGAAGAUCGUUCGCAAGAGCGUAGAAUUCUUUGCAAGUGAGCUAAUAUAGUUACCUUCCAUUGGAAAUUUAUCAAA